CACUGAACACACAAGACUCAACACUCAACAUUGACUGAAGAUGCUGUGUUCCCGAGGAUUCCAGUCUUCCCUCAGCCCAUUGAUGGACUUCUACUGGCCUGUGCGCAGUCUAUGGCCAGAGGUCCGACCUCUUCUCAGCCAGCGGGAUCUACUGCAGAGAAACCUGCUAGAGAUCAAGAGCAGUCUGGAGCUGAUGGCAAAUCUCCAGCAGCAGAUCUUUGAAGAAAGUGCGCCUUUCAUGUCUCCUCUCAUAACACAACCAGUCUCCUACAAGCUGGAUAAAGAUGGAGAGGGCUUUGCCCUGACACUGGACAAUAAAGAAUUUUCCCCAGAGGAGCUGUCUGUCAAGCAGGUGGGCAGGAAGCUGAAAGUCAGUGGGAAGACAGAGAAGAAGCUGGAUGAUGGGGAAGGCUCCUACUCUUACAGAUGCCAAGAGUUCAGACAAGAGUUUGAUCUGCCUGAAAAGGUGAAUCCUGAGACAGUCACCUGCUCCCUGGCUCAUGACGGGAAACUCCACAUUCAGGCACCAAAGAAUCCAUUAUCUGGUGAGGAGGAGGUGGCAGAGAGAGUGGUUCCCAUCAACUGUAGCCUGGAUGUGGAAACCUCACAAUUCCUGUCAAAGACAGAGGAAAGCAUCACCGACACACAGAAGAAACAAGAGAACAGCGUUUCACAUGAGGACUGAUUUUUAUUUCACUGGAUGAGACAUUUUCUAAUACAUAUUUUUCAUGUUUUGAGACUGUAUGCAUUUACAUUUCAUAUCUUGUAACAAUCAAUAUGAUAUGCUUUUUAAUUUAAUCAAUAAAAUAUUUAAAAAAUC